CAGACGGCGGCGCGCGCGCAGCAACCCCAGAGCUGCAUUGCGGAGCGCUGGGGAGAGGCAGGAAAAAAUGGGAGCGAGCCGGCGCGUACGGAAAGCACCGGCGACCACCCAGCCGCAAUGCGGUGCAGGACUCGCCCUGCGAGCUCCAGAUUCCCGCAUCAAAUCCCACCUGCCUCUGAGACCAGCACUCACAGUAGCCCCAGCCCCGAGCUCCAGAGACCACAGCGGCGAGCAGGAUGCUGAAGAGCCGGAGACUCAUCAUGCGGAGCUGACCAACCCUGGGUGUCUGCCUUGUGCCGCUAGGGCUCCCGUUCUGGCUCAGGCCCCCAGCUUUUCUCCUGGGUUCGCGGCUGACCGAUGCUUUUUCUUUCGUCCUUACCCACCUUUCCCUCCCUCCUACCCCAAUCUCUCCUCUCUCUCUGUCCCUCUCUCUCCCUCUCUCCCUCUCUCUCUCCGCCCCCUUCCCCCAGCCUUUCUCCUGGCACGCACGUUUUUCCCGGACCCCGCGCAAGCGCGUGCCUCAGCCCUAUUACGAAAGGGCGGGGUAGACAACCUGCCGCUGGGAAAUACCCCCAAGUAACCCAAGGCUGACAAAGAUUGGGGCUACAGGGUAGCCAAAAAGAGAAGUCAGAGGAGGCGAGGUGGAGCCUGGCAUUUUCGAGGAAAAGGGAAAAGCUUUGAAGAAGGGCGCCUAAAGAUGGAAUGAAGAGCAAUUUUUUAAAAAUGUUUUCUGAAGGUCUCCUGGGGACCUUACUCCGGGUAUGAUGAGGAGGCUUAUUCGGCUGGGCCGCUGCCGGAGCUCUGUUACAAGGCUGAUGUCCAGGCUUUCAGUCGGGCCUUCCAACCCAGUGUCUCCCUGAUGGUGGCUGUGCUGGGUCUGGCGGGCAAUGGCCUAGUCUUGGCCACACAUCUGGCAGCCCGACGAACUACCAGAUCUCCCACCUCCGUUCACCUGCUCCAGUUGGCCCUGGCUGACCUCUUACUGGCCCUGACCUUGCCUUUUGCUGCAGCAGGGGUUCUUCAGGGCUGGAAUCUAGGAAGUACCACCUGCCGUGCCAUCUCAGGCCUCUACUCCGCCUCCUUCCACGCCGGCUUCCUCUUCCUAGCCUGUAUCAGCGCCGACCGCUAUGUGGCCAUCGCACGAGCUCUCCCAGCCGGGCAGCGGCCCUCUGCGCCUAGCCGUGCGCACUUGGUCUCAGUCUUAGUGUGGCUGUUGUCGCUGUUUCUGGCUCUACCUGCGCUCCUUUUCAGCCGGGACGGGCCACGGGAAGGCCAACGACGCUGUCGGCUCAUCUUUCCCGAAAGCCUCACGCAGACUGUGAAAGGGGCAAGCGCGGUGGCGCAGGUGGUCCUCGGCUUCGCGCUGCCUCUGGGCGUCAUGGCAGCCUGUUAUGCGCUCCUGGGCCGCACGCUUCUGGCCGCCAGGGGGCCAGAGAGGCGGCGUGCACUGCGUGUCGUGGUGGCCUUGGUGGUGGCCUUCGUGGUGCUGCAGUUGCCCUACAGCCUCGCCCUUCUGCUGGAUACAGCCGAUCUACUGGCAGCCCGCGAGCGGAGCUGCUCCUCCAGCAAGCGCAAGGAUUUAGCUCUGCUGGUCACCGGCGGCUUGACGCUGGUCCGCUGCAGCCUCAACCCGGUGCUUUAUGCCUUUUUGGGCCUGCGUUUCCGCCGGGACCUGCGGAGGCUGCUACAGGGCGGAGGAUGCAGCCCGAAGCCCAACCCUCGUGGCCGCUGCCCCCGCCGACUCCGCCUUUCUUCCUGCUCCGCUCCUACUGAGACCCACAGUCUCUCUUGGGACAACUAGAGCUACAAUUCCAGAGAAGGGGGAGGGCUAAAGAAACGAUCCCAGGGCGGGUAAUAAAAAGGGGGAGUAAGUAGGGGGACGUUGAGAAAGACUUCAGGAUCUAAAGGGAUUGCCUCUGCGCUUAAUUAAAUUGAUCUAAUGCAAAUGAGAUGCAACCCAACUACUGUUACUAUUUUUGAAUUACUAGCUUUGGAAAGGAGUUGCAGCAGGGCCAAGACAGUGGGUUACACCCCCACGCCCCUACUUGAGUCUGAGUGGGAGGAGUGGGAGGCGUGAGGGGACAGGGGUUGCUGAGUCGGCUAAAGCUUUGAGUGCUGACACGCCCUCUGCUUCACUCAGUCUCUGCCAACCGAGGUGAGGUGGGAAGGCUGCCAGGUGAGGAGGGGCGGGGUUUCUCCUCGGGACUGGUAAGAAAGGGCUUUCUAACAACCCUAGCGCUAUCCAGCAAUGGCUGCUUUAGCAAGUACCUAGCUCCCAGUGUGUGAAAUGUACGGGGUGAUCGCUGUCCCAAGCUGUAUGUGCGUGCGUCUGGUAGGGGUAGGAGGCAAGAGAUUCUAGUUGGGGUGGGUUUUUGGAUCCCUUCUAAAGUCCUGCUAUGGAAAAAAAAAAAACGCUAAUUAAAAAAGUUGAGUCUGAA